AGAAUCUCAGAAAUCAAGUGGCCCAGUUGCAAAAACCAAAAAGAAAAAGAAAAAGAAAAAAAAAAAAAAAACCAAGAAAAUAUGCGAAACCCAUAAUGCUGACAGAGUGAUUCCUUUCAACCGUGGCAUAAUUACAAAUAAAAUUCUUUGUUUAACGUUUUUCUCAAUUUUUUUUUUUAUCUUUAUUUUUGUUUUUUUUAGUUAAAAUAUGUUUUUAUUUUUAUUUAUUUUUUCUUUUAAGUUAAGAAUUAAUAAGAAUAAGAAGAUCGUGCAAAGCCAUUUUCUUCUAUCGUUUUCUUGACAUGGCCCGUGUUAUUCGGGUUGCCUCUUAAACAACCCGAUUGCCAUGUCUUUCAAAACUUUCUCUCUCUAAAGUUAAUGACUUUCUCUCUCCCCAAAUGAUUUUUUUAAAUUUAAAUUUUUUUUUUUUUUAUGUUAUUCUCUUUUUCUAUAAUCCUGUUAUAAGAAAAAAAUCUGUAAGUAUAGUUUUCAGGUUUUGAUUCAUCAAUCCUACAUGUCCCAAUGAUAUAGUUGAAAGUCUUUUUUUUUUUAAUUAAAAAAAAAAACAGUUUCUGGGUUUGUGAGUUCUGAUCAACAACAUCUUCUUCGGCCCCCAAAAAAAAAAAAAAAAAAAAAAAAAAAACGGAAAACGGAGUGGUUCUGCUGCUUCUUACAUUAUUUCUUUCGGUGGGUUCUCUGGAGUUUCAAUACAAUAUGAAGUUUUCUGAAUGUGUAUAUUUACUUGCGGAUUCAAAAAGUAGGAGAUCAUGCUUUUGUACCAUUCUUCCUGCAGCUCUUUUGCUUUGCCUUGUUUUCUUCAUAGGGAAUGCGUUCAUAGCACCUGACUACAAACAAAAGUUAUCAGUAUGGGGACUCACUGGUAGUUUGCAGAAUUUUAAGUCCAACAAAUGCGAGAAUCGAUGCAGGCCUUAUGGAAGUGAGGCAUUACCUGAAGGUAUUAUGUCCCAGACUUCUAACUUGGAAUUGCGGCCAUUGUGGGGUUUUCCAGAGAAAGAUGCAAACUCUUCACUUGGUUUAUUUGCGGUGGCUGUUGGGAUAAAGCAAAAAGAUUUGAUCAAUAAAAUGGUCAGAAAGUUUCUAUCUAGUCAGUUUGUAGUAAUGCUUUUCCAUUAUGAUGGUAAUGUUGAUAAGUGGAAGGGUUUUGAAUGGAAUGAUCAUGUUAUUCAUGUAUCUGCAAUCAAUCAGACUAAAUGGUGGUUUGCCAAGCGAUUCUUACACCCUGAUAUAGUUGCUGAAUAUAGUCAUAUUUUUCUCUGGGACGAAGACCUUGGAGUCGAAAAUUUCAAUCCCAAAAGGUAUUUGUCUAUUAUUAAAAGUGAAGGGCUUGAUAUAUCCCAGCCAGCACUUGAUCGUUACAAAUCAGUAGAGCUGCAUCAUCAAAUUACUAUACGUGUGAGGAGAUCAAUAGUUCACAGAAGGACUUACAAGCCUGGUUUAAAUGGAAAAGGUUGUGACGCCAGCAGUACUGCUCCUCCAUGCACUGGAUGGAUAGAAAUGAUGGCCCCUGUUUUUUCAAGAGCUGCCUGGCGCUGUGUAUGGUAUAUGAUCCAGAAUGACUUGAUCCAUGCAUGGGGCCUAGAUAUGCAACUUGGUUAUUGUGCACAGGGUGAUCGGACCAAAAAUGUUGGUGUUGUGGAUGCCGAGUACAUAAUCCAUUAUGGUCGCCCUACACUGGGAGGCAUGGAUGGAAAUGAGACAAAUUCAUCGGUUAAGAACCAGACGUCUAAAAGUAAAACUGCUUCGAGCACAAAGCAGGCAUCAUCCCAUCGUCAUCAUCAUCCAUUGGACCACAGAUAUGAUGUCAGAAGGCAAUCGUAUAGGGAAUUAGAUAUCUUCAAGAAACGAUGGAAUAAGGCUGUUGAAGAGGACAAGUGUUGGGUUGAUAUAUACCAAUAGCAAGCAGAGAGCAUACAAUUUUGUAUGCUGGUACUGUAAAAAUUUUCAUGUAAAAUAUGUACCAUUCUUAUACAAAUUGCACAUCAUAAAGAAUACGCUACAGUACAGUACACGGCCAGCUCAGUUGUCUGGUGUUCUUGAAUGUUGGGCAUCGAGAUGGAUAGCAUAGAGUUUUAGGAUCAUAUAAUCCUUUUAGUUUUCUUUAUUUUUUAUUUUUACCUUAUUCAUGGAUACAAAUCGUGUAAUUCAUUCAUUUGCUUUCUCAAUGAAUGUAAAUGUUAUAAGUA